GCAAAGGCUCACCCAAGGCUCCGAAUCACACUAUCUGAGCAACAUUUCAAGACACUCUGCAACACCACGCCAGCCUCGGAAAAGCGUGCAAAUCUGCUGUGAAGAUGCUCAGGCCUUCAUUGCCAAAGACUCUGACGGCUUUUGGCCCGCCUUAACCAGCUGGGUGGCCGGCCCGGACAGUGCCCGUCGCGGAUCUCUGCAUGGCUUCAAACCAGAAAGGUGCUCUCAACGUCGGGCAACAGUGAGGUAUGCGACUCCCCUUGCAUCACAUGGACUUGUCCUGGGAGGCCUUUUCUUGGGCCGUUCAUUGCGGAGAUGUCGGCAAGGUUCUCUGCAAGACCGUGUCAGCCACGGCCCUUGCGAGGCUGAGUUGAGGUCUGGCUAUCUGUCUCGAGAUGGACCUCACUGGGUCGUCAUGGCUGGCUCGAGGCCUUGCUGGCUGGGCCUUUGCCUGGAGCUUCAUGAUAUUGCCAAGCCUCGGAGCUCCCUUCGAAUUGGUCAAGUGGUCUGCUUGGCUCGCCGUACCCAAGGUUACCCCAAGGUACCUACCUACCUACCUACACUAACCUACCUACCCUCCCUCUGCGGAGGAGGAAAAAAAAAAAAAAAAAAAAAAAAAAAAAAAAUCAGCAACAGCGACAAAUCAGCACACACGGCAAGCAAAGCACCCACGGGAGCUGGCUGUUAGCUGACUGAGCUCGAGCUUCCAUCCCUUCGCUUAGCUUGGACGUCGGCACCUUCCCUCCUGUACGGACGCAUGUCUCAGGCGCGGUUGCGCUCAAACACGGCGGGCAAUCACCUGGAAGGACACAACAUCAAAGGGCCCAUCAGUGGCAUGCAUCUUCGGCCCUUCUGAAUUUUCGAGCGUCUCCUGGCGCCAACUUCAACACCAAACCUCGUCGCGAUCAUCCUUCCGGCCAAAACACCACUUUUCCAUCCGCCAACCCCGCUUCAUCCACUUCCACCAGUUCCACGCAAAUCCCGCGCCGUUGCCCCGUCAAUAUCAACAUCCAGCAUCGUCACGACCACCGGUUUUAUUCUCGACACUACGUCCAUCCGCCCAUCCCGCGCACAACCAUCCCACCCCGUUCAAUCCCUUCAAACAAACAAACAAACACAAUGGCUGGCGGAAAGGGCAAGUCGUCUGGCGGCAAGAGCUCGGGUGGAAAGACCUCGGGCGUCGAAGGUCCCAAGAAGCAGCAGAGCCAUUCUGCUCGCGCUGGUCUUCAGUUCCCUUGCGGUCGUGUCAAGCGUUUCCUGAAGCAGAACACCCAAAACAAGAUGCGCGUUGGCGCCAAGGCUGCCGUCUAUGUUACUGCCGUGCUGGAAUAUUUGACUGCUGAAGUCCUCGAACUUGCGGGUAACGCUGCCAAGGACCUGAAGGUCAAGCGUAUUACUCCCCGCCAUCUUCAGCUUGCCAUCCGUGGAGAUGAGGAGCUUGAUACCCUCAUCCGCGCCACUAUCGCCUUCGGUGGUGUCCUCCCCCACAUUAACCGCGCCCUUCUGCUCAAGGUAGAGCAGAAGAAGAAGGCCAAGGCUCAGGAGGCUUAAGUCCACAACUGCACCGAAAAACUCGACGUCGCACACGUUUCGCACACUGUCUUGCAUCUCUCUAGCCCCGCUCCGGGCUGACGGGCAGGACAGCAAUCGGCUUGUUCAAGGGAUGUCACGGGGUGAUGCCGGGGGGGUUGGGGAUUGUCUUCGCUAAUCCAACACUAACGCCGCUGUAUUGUUGGGUAUUUUCUUCCUAUUAUUUGUUGUUGGGAUACGCACACGGGCUUGGGGCCCACCGAACCAUGGCUUGAAAAAGCCGAGCACUCCCGGUGUCUGCGACGGCAACAAGCGCAGCGCAUAGACGACGGCGAACUUCCCUUGCGACACUUCCAGCAGAGUGGUGCGUUCGGAACACACACGAAAAGCGAAGCGUUCUGUAUCAUCCAGACGUGGAAGCCGCUUGGGUGGCGAUGAGCAGGGAGACCAUUCACUGUAUAAUGUCAUCUUGGAGUGCACCACACACUGGGAACGGCGAGCAAUCUCCCCUCGUCACGGCGCGGCGUGCGACAGCAGCUCUUUUACGAUAUCUGUAACAACAUGAAUCUUCUUUAUCGUUUUUUUUAUAGUACGACUCGGCCAUGAGGGCUUAGCGAGGAAAACAUCAGGACACGUUAAAUGAACGUGUCGGUUGGUACUGGUUGCAGGUAGUGGCGGAAUAAAGGCUACAAGGAAGAGCCUUGAAAAUUUGCGAUACCAAUUCUUAUUAUGUUCUCUCUACAGUCUGGGAUGCGCAAUUCUAUUCAUGGUGACUACAAUGUGUUCAGUCUCACCAUCUGCUGUUUCGGACGACACUGAUACCCGCUGCCGAUUACUACAUGAGAAAACGCAGCAAGACCUCUAUGCCCUACCGAUCCAUGACCAUGGAGUUUUCGUACCUAUAACAAGACGAUAUGUGUCAUUCAGAGCUUUGAUCCUCUACCUUUCAAGGUUUUUACUUCCCGGACAAUUGAUCACGUUUGCAUGGCCACAUCAUUCUCCAUAGGCCCGAAUUAAAUGAAUGAGGCAAACGACUCGUAAAUGUCCGGGUUAGCGAUUCCCACAGCGAGACGGCCUCCAGCCAAGGGCGACACCGGCGAAACUGAAAUGGUCUCCAGAUCGUCCUUCAACAGCUUCGCAGGAUCAAUAGUCAUCUCAUCCGCAACCAUGGUAAUGUAACAGUCCUGGCGAGAACUGCAGCCGUCCAGCCUAGAAUAGGGCUCAAGCGCGGCAACCGUGAGGUUGCCGGUGUUGUCAUCCUCCGGGUCCUUCUGCGUCCCUUGUGCUGCUAUCAUGGUCUCCUUCCAAUCGAACUUGAUAGUCGCCUCCUUGACAAGCAACUGUUCAUCUUCCGAACCCGAGGCGUCUGAAGAAGAGCUACUGCUGCCACCAGCAGAGGAGGUCGACGAUGACGAAGAAGAGUCAUCACUUUUUUUCUCCCCGACACUCCCACUCCCAUUUCCCUCGUGUCCCCUUCCCUUCCUCCCACUACUUCUCUGUCCACCCAUCCUCCUCUCCCUUUCUUCCUGUCCACUCCUACUCCUCCUCGCUCCCAACGCCUUCUUCAUAGUCUCCCUCUCCCUCUCCCUUUCCUUACGCCUCUGAGCCUCGAUGGCGUCCUUAUCCCUAUCAUUCACCCACACCAAUUUCUUGGCAUUCCUGUCAAUCUUAGCACGACCUUCUUCGCACGCAGCGAUGACAGUCUGUCGACACUCGGACGGGUAGUCGCAGUGAGACCAGCAGUUGUGGGUGCGUUCGACGUACAUCUUUUCUUUGGCCCGGGCGAUGGAGCGGGUCUCGCGCUCAGAGACGUGAUGCCAGGCUAGGGUUGUAGCUCUAGGCGAUUUUGAGCCUGGGCCUGGGGGUGAAGAUGAAGACGAACUUGAAGAUGAGUCUAAGGGGGGGACGGGGAUGAGAUGCCAUGUUGCAAAGUCUUGGAGGCGAGCGGCGGCGACUUUGUCAUUGGCAGAUUGGGAUGAGUCCGAGUCAGAGGUGGUGGUGGUAUCUUUUCUAUUAGAGCUGGAAGAAAGGGAGGGACGAGGAGAGAGAGAAACACUGACAUGUCCACACUCCAGGCAUCUCCUCGUGCAGGCUAGCCGGUAUACAGACCGGCAGGAGUGGCAGGACCACAGCCAGGGGUAGGGAGCGGGAGGCGAGAGCAUGGGCGGCGUUGUUGGUGGUGUUGGAGACUUUUGGGUAUUGCUGCUUGAUGACGUACUUCUGUUGGUAAUUGGACUUGUGGGUGACGGCUGAGUUGGUGAAAAUUUGGCUGUGUUUUUGUUGUCGGUGGUGGUGGUGCCACUACCAUCAAAAGUAUCAGCGAUGGGCGAGUUGGGACUGUUUUGAGGCUUGACUUUUGUGGGGGAGUUGAUCAUCUCUGAGAUAGAGCCGGUGACAAUGGUUAGCUCUGGGAUGAUGUCGAAGAGGACGAGCCUGGGUGGCUUUGCCUUUGCAUUAGGUGUUGAGGGCAUCUUGUUUGGACUGUUGUGUGUCCUUGUUGAGUUGAGCGCUCGUUCAGUUUGUGGGUUUGAAGGUCUAUAAGGAAUAGAAAGAGGAUUGGCGAGCUUGUUGGUUGAAAGCGCGGAAAGAAGCGUUUUCUUCAAGUGUUCUGCAGAAUGGGCUGUUGAAUUGUAUUGACCAACAGAAACAAUAAACAGUAGAUAGACAAAUCGGAGGAGCAAAAAUAACUACAGUAUCC